UCCUUCGGAAGCCUGUUCCUUUGUCUUCUCAGCCACUAGUUCUACCCUUAAAAAACUCAAGGACGUAUAGAAAUCUGCAAUUUGCUCAAAAGAAAAUUCAAAACCUUUCAACACCUAUCCCCCAGCCACUGUGGAAGCAUCUGGCUGGAACACCACCAGAGGCAAAAAACAUGCAAUAACUAUCGACUUUUUAAAACUUAAACCCAGUACAGGAAGGUUCCAAAUACGUGCACAAUUGAACCACCAUUGAAAAGAUUUUGCAUGAGUUCAUUGUUCCUCGAAGUAGUACAGAUUUGAGCACAAAUUGCAGUUCACGGAUGGUACGGGAUGACAAGUUACUCAUUCAGUUACAGGCUGCCCUGGCAAUUCAAGAGUCUGAAGAGACUAAGAAGACCUCUAGAAAGGAUGUCUUAAUUGUUCAACCAUAUAUGAAGCAUCCUUUGCAAAACAGGUGGACUCUCUGGUUUUUCAAAAAUGAUAAAAGUAAGGCCUGGCAGGCAAAUCUUCGUCUUGUUACUAAAUUUGACACUGUGGAGGAUUUUUGGGCAUUGUACAAUCACAUUCAACUUGCCAGUAGGCUGAUGUCAGGUUGUGAUUACUCUCUCUUUAAGGAUGGUAUUGAACCCAUGUGGGAAGACAAUAGAAACAAAUGUGGUGGAAGAUGGUUAAUCACACUGUCUAAACAACAAAGAAUGCUGGAACUAGAUCAGUACUGGCUAGAAACAUUGCUAUGCCUUAUCGGAGAAGCCUUUGAUGAUUAUAGCAAUGAUGUGUGCGGUGCAGUAAUUAAUGUCCGUGCAAAAGGGGAUAAAAUAGCAAUAUGGACCCGUGACACAGAAAAUGAAGAAGCAGUUUUAUACAUAGGAAAAACCUACAAGGAACGGCUUGGUCUUCCCAGGAAGGUUGUGAUUGGUUAUCAGGCACAUGCAGACACGGCAACAAAGAGUGGGUUGGGUGUUAAAAACAAAUUUGUUGUCUGAGAAUCUCUUUUUGCCAAGCUUUAAAGCUGUGCAAAUGAACUUUGUAGCACUUAACUCGGUAAUGUCUAAUUUAUGCAGUUGAUUUCGGGAGACUGUGUGGGGUUUUUUCCAAACUUACCUGUUGCAAUGAU